AUGGCCUCAGAUCCCCAUAGACUGUCCCUCCAAGGUCAACAACCCUCUCCCCACCACCCGUACCCCCAGCAGCAACAACCUCAGCAACAGCAACACCCGCAACCUCAGCAACAACAACAGCAACAGGAAAGUACCAAUGCCUCGGCAGCAGCAGCAGCAGCAGCGGCGGUAGCAGCCCAGGCUGACCAGCCCAAGAAGGCCAAGCGUAAGCGCAUCACCCCCGAGCAGCUUGAGGACCUCGUGGGACUGUUCGAGAAGACUGACACGCCUUCGUUCGAGAUUCGGGAGAACCUGGCCAAGAAACUCGGCAUGACCAACAGAGAGAUCCAGGUCUGGUUCCAGAACAGGAGAGCCAAGGCCAACAGGAUCAAGAUCAACGAGCAGGCUGCCCUCCACCAUCAGCAACACCUCCAGCAGCAACAGAUGCAGCAGCACCUCCAGGGUCACCAUCACCACCCCCACCACCAUCGCAGCAAUAGCGCCAGCGGCUUUGGCGGUCACCCCGGCCACACCGCCCACUCUGCACCCGCCACCCCUCAACAACCCAUCCCCGGCCACCACCAACAGCACAGCAGCACCAAUGGCGGUGGUAAUAAUGGGUCCCAUUCUACCCAGGAAUCGUCCGCAUACGGAUAUUUCGGCCCCAAUGGCUCGUCGUCGCCACCGAUGACCAUGCCCACCGCCACGCCUCGCACGCACUCGUCGCAAUCUCAACGUGGCCCGUCCAACAAUCGGCGUCCCGUCUCCUUAUACGACCUCGGGAGCUACGGGCAGCAUCUUCAAACUCAGCAGUUUCAGCAGACCCCGGGCGCUUUCCAGCCUCAGCAGCACUCCUCGUCGUCUUCCUCUUCUUCGUCCCUCUACAGCCCAUCAUCCCAUAACCAGUCUUCCGGUGGCCAUGGGCACGGCCACGGCCAUGGCCACUCACACUCGGGCUCGUUCUCAAGCGCCUUUGGCAUGGACAUUAUCAUGGCCAAGAACGCUCCCUCUGCUACCUCCUCGUCACAGCGCCCUCUUCUCCCGCCACCCAUCAACAGUCUGAACAAUCAGCGCCGAACAGGACCACCCGGCGGUGGUCAGUCUUUCGAGAACUUUGAUGACACUAGGCGCCAGAACCGUCAUGAGCGCACCAUGUCCGAGGGCCACCCUGCAGGCUACAUGUCACCGACGUCAUUGUCGCCCAUCUCACCUCCUCCCGAGCGGAUGAGUGAUACUUUGCAGUACCGUGAUGAAUACAGAGAUACCAAGGAAGAUUCGCCCUCAUCUGUUACUCAACCUUCCCCCUUUGCCAAUGGCAACCACACCAAAUCUAGCGCUACAAGCAACAACCGCCACAGCACAUCGUGGUCCUCGUUCGGGCUCAAGGCCGAGGAAAUGGAUACGCCCAUCAUCCCCCGCGAGCGUCCCUCGAGUGCCUACUUUGCCAGCACGACCAAGAACAGGCAGUCAUAUGACGAUGCACAGUAUGACGAGCAUCAACAGCUCAUGCGCGAUAACUUCAACAUGGACACAAGGCUGGUCAUCUCCGAGGAGGAACCCCGACCCGAAUCGGCGAUUGAUCUUUUGGCGUUUGCGGCUGCCUAUGUUCAAGAGUCUGAGGAGCACAAGAAGGACGGCAAGGAUAACAACGACGAAAAGCGAGAGAUGGCCGCACUGUUGAACACCAGCAACAAGCGUCAAUCCUUUCACGGGCCAUCAGGAUACCCAAGCAAAGAGCCCUAUCAGGAUGAGCCCUCUGCAUCGUCCACCUCUCGCUACUCAUCCUCCGGCAUGACUUGGGAGGCCAGCCCACCUAUCGGCGGUGGUAGUGGCAACAGCACCUUCAACUCUAACAGCAACAGUAACCCCAACAACGAGGUGAUGCCUGUUCCCAGGCGUCGUGGAGGAGAUGAUGGUCCAUAUGUCUCACGCCGCCGCCCAGUCACAUAUGGCGGAAGCGGGUUUCUCUAUGACCACCAGGAGAACCAGUUCAUGCCCCAGUCACCAUCGUCGUCCUUGGCCUCUUACAGCCGACCCUCGCCCAGCUCCAACCCCAGGCGGCUUAGCUACCGGAGCUCGACCGAGACUGGGAGCAGUCAGUUGCUUCUUCAGAGAGGCCUGACGCGCCCCAGACGCUCAUCAUCGACUGCAGCCUCGGGGAUCAUGAACCAUGCGCUCCCACCAUCGUCCAUGAUCCCCGUCUUGCCUCCUAUCCUGAGCGAGAGCAACAGCGGCGGUAACAAUGGUGCCAACGGUAACAACCGAUUGUUGUCACCUGUGAUGGUCCCCUCUCCCCAGUUUGGAUCCUCUCGUUUGGCAAGACAGGACAGCAGCCAGAGCAACGGCGACAGCAUGAACAACCUCAGCGUUAAUAACCGGGAAUCACCAGGAUCGGACUCGUAUUCGCGCGACUCUAUGAACGACUCUCAUGCCAGCCGUGACGAGGAGAUGGAGGAGAUCAGGGAGGAGGCAGAGAUGAUGGACGACUCUAUGCAGCGUGCCACCAAGCGACGAAGCGGGAACUUCAAUGCCAUGUUCAGUUACGGCGUUGGUGCUCAAUAG